AACAUAAUAUUACAUGUGAGAGAGAGAGAGAGUGAGAGAGUGAGAACGCUCUUAUAUUUUAGUGACAUAGUCAUGUUUUUGUUUCAUAAAGUUGAAUAUCAAUCAUAAACGUUAGAGAGAGAGAGAGAGAGAGAGAGAGAGAGAGAGAGAGAGAGAGAGAGAGAGAGAGAGAGAGAGAGAGAUGUUCAUUUUGGGUGUUUAGCUAGUAUUAUUAGUAGAAGGAAAGUAAUUAAAACAUAUAUAAUCCAAGUUUGUUGGGGUUCUUAUUAUAUAUGAUCCAUGGCUUUCGCAGUUGAGAGUAAUAAUAACAUUAUGAGAUGCAGUGAAGAGAACAUGGUAUUCACAGUGGAGUCGCAGAAGGCUGUACCAGCUCCAUUCCUGACAAAGACAUACCAACUUGUUGAUGAUCCUGUCACAGACGACAUUGUGUCUUGGGGUGAUGAUCAAACCACUUUUGUCGUUUGGAGGCCACCUGAGUUUGCUAGAGACCUUCUUCCUAACUACUUCAAGCACAACAAUUUUUCAAGCUUUGUCAGACAGCUCAAUACCUAUGGAUUUAAGAAGAUUGUAGCAGAUAGAUGGGAGUUUGCAAACGAGUACUUUAGAAAAGGAGCAAAACACUUAUUAUCAGAAAUCCAUAGAAGAAAAGCUUCCCAACAACAACAACAACAAUAUUACCAAACCAUCAAUAAUCACCAUCUUCAUCUUGGCGAUCAGCAACAACAACAACAACGUACCCAUUUUCCCCACUUAACAUUCCAACAACCUGAUUAUCACGACACCACUUUUGGUUGGAGCAAUAUUAGUCCUACUACUAUUACUACUACUAAUAAAUUUUCAGAAAUCCCUUCACCGUUACUAGAAUCUGAUCAUCAUAAUAAUCCAAAACCUUACGUUGAUGAUCAUAAUAUUCUAACGGUUCUAACCCAAGAUAACCAAAGGCUUCGGAGAAAAAACUUCAUGCUCUUGUCUGAGCUCACUCACAUGAAGACCCUUUACAAUGACAUUAUCUAUUUCAUCCAGAACCAUGUGGAACCAGUUGUGCCUAAUGCAGUGGGUACUUCUGGUUCAGGUAUUCUGAAGAUUAUGGAGCUGGGUUCUUCGUCUCUUUCUCCUGUUCGAAUAAAUAAUCAUGGUUUUGAUGGUAAAGGCAAGUGUAGUGGUAGCAUGGAUUUUGGUAAAAGCUGUGGGGCAUUAACUACUCAUGAGGAGAAAAAUGGGAGUAGUGGAGUUAAGCUUUUUGGGGUUUCUUUAUUAAGUGGAAGAAAGAGAGUGCACCCUGAAACGACGACGGAUUUAUCCAUUUAAGGAGAUAUAUGUAAUUGACUAGUCUAAUUCAUUGUAUCAAAUCACUACUCAUCGCUAGCUUAGCUAGCUACUACUUGAUCAUAUGCCAAUAUAUAUUAUAACAUUUUCAUCAUUUUAUAUGUUGAAAGAAAGAUCAAGAUUAAUCGUUAGCAUAUAUGAAUUUUAAAUGGUAAUUAAAUCUUCAUUGUUUGUUGAUGA